AUGACUCAGACAGAAAAGAGGGAUAAGCCAGUCAUUCACCGAACACAUGAAGAAAAUAGUGAAGCAGAUGAUAUUUUUGAUGAAUCCUACAAGGAGAAAGAGGGCUCUCUGACACCAAUGAAGAUAGUUUGGAGAAAUGUUAUGAUGAUGACUUUGCUGCACAUUGGAGCUGUUUGGGGAUUGAUCCUAGUCCCUUCUGCUAAACCAAUAACACUGUUCUGGGCAUGGGUGUGCUUCAUGAUUAGUGCCAUGGGAAUAACAGCUGGUGUACAUCGGCUCUGGAGCCACAGAUCCUAUAAAGCUAAACUGCCAUUAAGAAUCUUCCUAGCCUUUGCAAACUCUAUGGCCUUUCAGAAUGAUAUCUAUGAGUGGAGCAGAGACCACCGUGUCCACCACAAGCAUUCAGAGACCAAUGCAGAUCCACAUAAUGCCAGUAGAGGCUUCUUCUUUUCCCAUAUUGGCUGGCUGUUCGUACGUAAGCACCCAGAAGUAAUUGAAAAAGGAAGCAAGCUGGACCUCAGUGACCUCAAGGCGGAUAGUAUCGUUAUGUUCCAGAGAAGGUACUAUAAGGCAUCUGUGGUGCUGAUUUGCUUCGUGUUUCCCACACUGGUGCCCUGGUACUUCUGGGGGGAAAGCCUGUGGGUGUCUUAUUUAAUCCCAGGACUGUUAAGAUACGCUGUGGUCCUUAAUGCUACCUGGCUGGUUAAUAGUGCUGCCCACAUGUGGGGUAUGAGACCCUUUGAUGCCAACAUAUACCCCAGAGAGAACAAAUUUGGCUUCGGUGCUGUAGGGGAAGGCUUCCAUAAUUUCCAUCACACGUUUCCAUCUGACUAUGCUACCAGUGAGUUUGGCAGUGUGCUGAACUUCACCACAGUGUUUAUUGAUUUUAUGUGCUUCAUUGGCCUUGCCCAAGACCGCAAGAGAACAUCUCAGGAAGCAAUUAAGGCUCGGGUUCAACGCACGGGUGAUGGCAGUUACAAUAGUGGCUAA